CCCACUUGGGCGGAGCCCUAGAGAGACUUCCUGUUCAGGGUUCAGGCCUAGGGCUGCCUCCCUGGACACUGGAGUGGUUGCAGGCCAAGCUCAGGCCCAGGCCGGGCUGAGGUGGAAAGAUGGCUAGUGGAGGCCGUGAGCUCAGGACAAGGAUGUCAGUAGAAACAAGGAACACAGACGAUGAGCUGAUCUAUGAGAUUGUAUUCAACCACUUCAAAAGACAUAAGGUGGAGAUUUCAAAUGCAAUAAAAAAGCCAUUUCCCUUCCUGGAGGGCCUUCGUGACCGUGAACUCAUCACCAAUAAAAUGUAUGAAGACUUUCAAGAUUCCUGUAGAAACCUGGUCCCUGUGCCAAGAGUGGUGUACAAAGUUCUCAGUGAGCUGGAGAAGAUAUUUGACCUGCCGCUUCUGGAAGCAUUGUUCAGUGAGGUCAACAUGCAGGAGUAUCCUGAUUUAAAUCAAAUUUAUAAAAGCUUUGAAAAUGUGAUCCAAGAGAAACUUAAUCAUGAAGAAGGUGACAGAGAAGAGAGGGAGGAGAGGCCUAAUGUCCAACUGAGGCUUCAGCAAGGAUCCAAUAAAAACUCAUUUCGAAGCCUGACUUGGUUGAGCAGAAGAUUCUCCUCUUAUGAUGGUACAAGCCCACGUGAAAAUGGGCUCUCGGAGCACCUCUGUGAAAUGGAACAGACAAAUGCAGAGAGGACAGAUACAAUCAGUGAUGAAAAUGAUGCACUAGAAAGGCAACAAGCAAAUGAACACGAUGCCCAAGAGUCUGAACCAGCAGAGUACUACGAACAAGUACAUGAUGAAUCAGAUAAUGGAGAUGCAAGAAAGGAGAUGCCCAACCCAGAGCCUACUGAUGAAAAAAGUGCCAAACUAUCCAACCAUGGAUACCAAAUCAAUUCCUGUUCUGUCUAUCUGGUGGAUAUAAAGAAGGAAAAGCCUUUUUUGACCUCAGAAUUUGAAUUUCAAUCCCAGGCAUCUGACGUAAUAGUGAUCAGCAGUGAGGACUCUGCAGAGUCCGGGGAUGGAGAAAUGUCCUCAGGAGCUUCCAGGUCAGCACAGAGAACAUUGCCCGAUCUUCCAAAUACUGAAAACAAAGCUUUUUAUGGACCAAGCAACAGGAAAAGACGGAUGGCCUCUAGUGACUCUUCAGAAUUGAGUGAUGAAGGUGCAUCUCGGAAACCAUACACUUCAUUCCUAGAAAAUGGGUCAGAUACCUCGGAUUCGGAAAGCAAUUCUACUUUGGGAAAACACAGUGGGAAAAGAAAGAGAAAGAGAGGCAGACCUAAAACUCAGAGUAAAAGAGCCCCAAAGAAAAGAGGCAGACCAAGAGGGAAAAAAACAGCCAACACUGGGCCUCGGAAAAAAGGCAGAAAAAGAGGUCCAAGAAUUCCCAGAGUAGAAAAUAUGGAUUUUCAAAGUCCUCAACUUCCCGUGACAUGCGGUCCAGCAGAGGGGGUUUUAUAUAAGAAGAAAAUGGAACAAGGCAUCUGGCAGAAGUGUAUAAAGAGCAAGAAUGGAAAAUGGUUCACCCUCAAGGAAUUUGAAGCUGAAGGAAAGCAUGACGCAUCCAAGAACUGGAAGAUGAGUGUGCGCUGCGGUGGAUGGCCCCUAAAAAUCCUGAUUGAGAAUAGACAUCUACCAGUCCCUCCAAGAAAAAGAAAAAAAGAAACCUCAGGUAAAUGUGCAGUGUGCGAAGGAGAGGAAGAACUGUUCUCCUGUGAUACUUGUUCAAGGUUCUUUCAUGAGAAUUGCCACGUCCAGCCCAAAGAUGCUAACAGUUACCCAUGGAGUUGCAUUUUCUGCAAGAUAAAGGCUCUUCAGGAAAAGUGCCCAGAAAGCCAACCACGUCAUCAAGAAUCUGAGGUGCUGAAAAGGCAGAUGCUCCCUGAUGAGCAACUGAAAUGUGAGUUCCUCCUCUUGAAGGUCUAUUGCUGUCCAAAAAGCCCCUUUUUUGCCUCAGAACCAUAUUUUCGCUUUUGCCAACAGAGUAGAACUCGAUCUCGGGUCCUGGCAAAGCCCAUGUGGUUAGACAAAAUCAAGAAAAAGCUGACGAGGAACAUAUACUGCCAAGUGGAGUGGUUUAUACAGGACAUGCGUCUCAUCUUCCAGAACCACAGGGUGUUUUACAAGAACAAAAAUUUCAUCAAUCUUGGACUUCAACUAGAAGACAAGUUUGAGAAUUAUUUCAAAGACAUUUUUGGCAUCCAGGAAAUAAGCACCAAGAGUUCUCAAUGUGAGCCCAAGCUUUCAUAAUGUAUCCCAUUUCUAGUUCUCCUUCCAGAAACUCCAGCAGCUACAUGAUACCAUCCAGACCUAUGGCCCCACUGGCCAUACUGCUUGUCACUGUGCAAAUAACAUACCUCACUUCUUUUUUAUUUUUUUGGUUGACAUUUCUGAUCAUUUAUUUUUCUAAAUAAAAAUUUUAAAUUUCA